AUGGCUGACAAUAAAAUUGACAAUCAAACAACCAUUACUGAAGAAGAUACGCUGCUAUUUCCAAGAACCAAGAAAAACAUAGAAGACGUGGAAACGAAAAUGUUAUUAACACGACUGUAUAAUAUAAUAAAAGAGAAAAAUCCUAAUGAUACAAAAAGAGAACCGUUUACAAUGAGACCACCACAAAUAGCGCGUGUUGGAACAAAACGAACAUCAUUUUCUAAUUUUGGUGAUACGUGUAAAAUCGGUUUUAUUGAUUCUAAUCAUGCUCUUAUAAUCAGAGGUCGUUUUCAACCAACUCAAUUUGAGCGUGUAUUACGCUCAUAUAUUAGUAAAUGUUGA